AUGCUCUGGGAGGAACGCAUGGACCAUCCUACGAAGGGCGUUUGCAAGGAUAAAACCGCCGUUUUACUUCUGUCGUGGGAAAAGGACUACGAUGAUUUGAACACUAGCCCAGAGGUUGACAAAUUGGCCCACGUCUUCAAGACCGUAUACGGAUAUACUGUCGUUGCAAAAAAGUUGGGAAAGCAUGGAAUGCUCGCGCAAGUGCAGAUGAACCAGAUCCUCGCAAACUUCGUCGCAGAAGAAGACAGUCAAAAUACACUGCUCAUCAUAUACUACGCUGGCCAUGGCUUUGCCAAAGAUGGAGGGCCGGGAAAGCUCAAUCUCGCCGGUAAACUAGCCGUUGAAGCCGCCGCCAUAGACGACCGAAAUCAGAUCAUCUGGGACGUGGCCGAAAACAACCUAAGACUGACGCAAGCGGAUGUCUUCGCAAUAUUCGAUUGCUGUUAUGCCGGAAGAUUGUGCCAUGCCGGUGCAGACGGUCUCGGCCGGGAACGGCGUACUUUCGAAUUCCUUGCUGCAUGCAGCGCAGAUGGUACAACGUGUAAACCUGGUCCCAAGUCAUUCACGUCAGCAUUGGUUUGGUCCCUUGGAGAAUUUGACAAGCAGCGGCGCCAUUUCCACUCUUAUGACCUUCUGAAGAUGAUACGGCAGGCCCCAGAUUUCCCGGAAGACCAGUUCCCUCCAUUGGUCCCUCGUCUGGAAUCUCAUUUGGGCCAUGUCAUUUUCGCGCCUUCAUCUGCAAGUAGAACUCCAGCGAGUGCGGCUUCUACGGAAGACCAGGAGGUCCCUAACACCAUGGCCGAGGACUGGCUCGACAUUAGGCUCUACUACGAUCAUCGCCUCACAGAUGAACAUGUUGCUUCGGUAGCCGAUGCGUUGAAGUCCGCAAAGAGUCGCAUGAAAGACCCUCCUCUGCGAAUAGCUUUACGAGGCAAAUUGCCUCUAUUGCAGGUUGUUGAUCACUGGCUUCAGCUGGAAGAGUGCCCACGGGGUUACCCGAGCGUUGCAGCGUUCCUUGACAGUAACGAGAACUUCAUGGUAUAUCGACGCUUUGGGUUCUUGCAGUCACGGCUUCUCCUCGAGAAACAAGACAAAUUACGAGAACUGGAAGAAGACCUUGACACUCUAGAUAAAGAGGAGUACAAUAAACAUCGAUCGAUCCCCACGACUCGCUUCAACACAAAGAUCGAUUCUGAGGCGCGAGAGUCACUACUUCAAAGAAUUGAAGCGGCUUUCUGCACGUAUGCCAAUAUUCUUACAGCGGCUCACCAGUUAGUGUCUUUGAACAAGCCAAGUUCAGCCGAAUACACAAGUGUCGAGAGGUACUUGGAUAAUAACAACCCUCUCCAGCAAGAGGAGGCGUCCUUUGUUUAUCAUAAAGAGGACCUCAUCACACUGAGACCGGGAAGGGAACAUGCUUGGCUUGAUGCUGCAGUUGAGAAACUGCUCAGGUGGACUCACUGCAACAUCAUCGAGGUGAACUAUCCUAUUCAUCAGACAGGAGUUAGGACUUCCAAGGACCCACACAAUGUCUACUACACUCCUGACCGUAUCGAGCGCUUUGUGGUCGGCAUCAUCACCUCGAUGAUUCUUGUUCUGUUAAUUGUCCCAAUCUAUUUCUUAUACCACAUCGUUAAUGGACCAGCACGAACCACCAAUCGCGCCAACGCUUUGUGCAUGGGCAUCCUCCUCGUUUUCACUCUUGCCUUUUCCGCCGUCAUGUCAUUCUUUACUAGAGCUCGUCGACAUGAGAUUUUAGCCGCCUCUGCUGCGUAA